UUCUUCACUAAACAAAACACCCACUAAAACACCAUCACCAACACACAUUUCCCCUAAAACCUGCCUCCUUUUCUUGAUGCUUCUGCUAGUGUUUUACCUUUGAAGAUGGUUCAAAGAAAGGUUGCCAACAAGUCUGGUAUCAUCAAACCUCAUCUCCAUAAAUUAGAUACCCAAUUGGUUAACCUUAAACCAUCAUCCUUAACAUCAUCAUCAACUCCAUCAACUUCAUCAUCCUCACAAGCCCAUGACAAGCUCAAGAAGAUCAUGAAGAAGUCAAGAUCCAUCAAACGCGCCGAUGAAUCGCGGUCGUUGGCGCCGUUUAAAACCAAGAAAACACCACCAUCAACUCCAAAAAAACAAUUAGAGCAUCUCCAACGCAUCCCUUUUCAAACGCCUACAAACACGCCAAAUGCAUCCCCUUUUAAACGCUCACCAAACUACAUGAAAUCCACUACUAGUUUUGAAGCAAGAAAAGAGCAAUCACCAUCAUCCAAGACUACUCCAAUCAAAAAAGUUUCAAAAAGUUCAAAAACAAAUGAAUCAUCUUCUUCUGGGAUUAAAGGGUCAAGGACAUCUAGUUUAAAAGUGAGGAGUUUAACUAAAACUUCCAGUUUUAAACCGUUAAGAUCUUCAAAGAAGGUGAUCAUAUGUGAAGAUGUGGAUUCUCAACGCGCAACUUGUUCUUCGACGUUAAAAGAUUCAAAGUUCCCGGAUUAUCUACAACUAAACGAUGGAGGGACGGAGUUAGACGGGACUUCUGCUAUGAAAGUAUGCCCGUAUACUUACUGUUCACUCAACGGUCAUCAUCAUGCGCCUGUGCCACCGUUGAAGUGCUUCUUAUCAGCAAGACGACGAGCUUUGAAAACGCAGAAGGGGUUUAAGCUCGGCUGUUUAUCGCCACGCCAGAAUAAGGCUUCUGUAAAGAAAUCCGCGGUUAAAGAGCCUGCGAUUGUAACUCCAAAAGAAGUAGAUAUGGAAGACGAAGAUUUCUUUAUCGAUAUCUACAGCGCUCAGAGGGUACCGCUUCUUGCAGAUAUGAAGGGUAAGGAUGCGAGCAUCAAAACCAAGCGUGCUGUUAAGAAAUCCGCCGUUAGAGAGCCUAUAAUUGUAACUCCUGAAGAAGUCGAUAUGGAAAACAACGAUAUCUUUAAUGAUAUCUACAGUGAUGACAAGGAACAGCCUCUUGUAGAAAUGCAAGGUAAGGAUGUGUGCAUCAGACCCGAGUUGGACGGACCCCACACAUGCGAGAGCCUCGUGCACCAGGUUUACAGUGAUGACAAGGAAAACAAAGGCGCUCAGGAUUCGGAGUGUUCCGAUAUCGAAUGGGAAGAAGGUUAUCGUUCCGAUUCAGAUGGUGGUGUUGGUGAAUAUCAAACAGAGAAGAUGGGUGUCGAGAAGCUGUACAACGAGCAUCAAGAACUGUACGAUGAAGAAAGUGUGAGCUCGGGAGCUUGGUCAGAGGAAGAUUGUGAUUCUGCAUCAGAUGGUUCGUGCCAGCAUUUGAAGAUUAAUCAAGAUUAUAUGAACUAUGAUGAAUCUGAGGUGACAUCAACAACUUCUGAAUCGGAUAUAAAUGAUAAAAUGGAUCAGCAUAUCAAUUAUCAGCAAGAACAAACUUCUCAGGAGUCAAAAACUGUCCCAGAUUUUGCAGAGAAGUUGAGCAGUGAAGCUGACACCAAUCGGACCACGAUAAUCUACAACAUCAUACAGUUCAACAUAUCUGUGUUCAUCAAUGGUGAAAAAACAGAGCACUCUGUUCAAGUCCCUGCAACAUCUGUUGCUGCUGAUAAAAUGGAGACAGACGAGCCCAUGGACCAAGAAGCCAGCGAGGUGAAUCAAAUGGCUGCAGAUGAAGAACUUCCGUUUGAUGUUCAAGAUCAUGCAUUGGACGACCAAUUGGAUGUGAUUGAAAAACAGGAUAAUCCUGAGCAAGAAUUCAAUGAAUAUGAAGCUGCAAUAACAUCAGAUGAAAUGAUGCCCGAAACAGAUAUGAAGACAGAUUCUUCGGGUAAAAAGAGUGCAUCAGUUGACGAGCAGCCGGACCCCUGCGUAAAUCUCAGGGAUCUCACCGGUGUUAAAAAACCUUGCGAAGAAACUGGCGACGAUUCACGGGAAUUCAACCCACGAGGACCGAAUUUCCUGCCGGAAGCACCUGACCCGGAUGCAGAAACAGUGGAUUUGAGGCACCAGACGAUCGACGAACGAAAGAACGCGGAGGAAUUCAUGGUGGACUUUGCUUUACAGCAAGCGGUUACAACACUCGCGCCAGCACGUAAGAAAAAAGUCGCACUACUUGUUGAAGCUUUUGAAAAGGUGAUGCCCGAUCAGGCUCCGGUUCGGCCUCAGGUCCAUAUUCCGGGGUAUGAACCACAAAACAGGCAUACUUCAAAAGCUUUCACAAAUUCAAGACCCAUGCAAGCUUGCAGCUGAUAAAAGUGCAUUCGUGAAUUCCGGAGAACUGCUUGGAUUGAUUGUGAAACGACGCCAACUACGUACCAUUCAAGCUGAAAUAUUGGGUGACAUGGUUAAUCAUCAGUUUAUGGUCUGCAAAGCAGUGCUGAGAAUUAGAUGAUGAAGUGUUAUGAUAAUAUAUGUGUGAUUUGAGUUUAUGUAAGAGAAUUAUAGUUGGAUUAAGUGUGUUGUGUAUCCAUCUAUAUGUGACUUGUGUUGUAGCAGAGGCACUCUUGCCUGCCUCUGAAUAUUUAUGAAUUAAGUGUGUAAUUUUACAAGAGUCUUUACUAUUAUUAUUUGUUUUA